GGUGCGGCCCGUUUGGGGCUUCUUUGCUGUUUUGCUAAACAAAAUAAUCACAAAUUGAACACGACAGGAACACGAUUUGAGAAAGAGGUUAUAUAUUAAUGAAAACUAUAGAAUGAACUGUCAAAUGCGUUUUAUCUAAAUAUUUUAUGUGAAUUGCGAGAAGAGUGAACAAAAAGUUUAGUAUAAUGCCGUUGCCGCAGUUUUUACGUUAUCGCUUAGCCAAAAGAGGAAUAAUCCAUGGAGAAGACGCUGAUAAAGUUCCAGAUGUAUUGCCACCUCCCGUUGAGGAAGAAGUCAUAGCAGAAGAUUAUGACACUCCUAGGAAAGGAAAUUCCAACGAUGCCAAUGAUAAUAGUGAAGCAGGUGACAAUAGCAGCGACACCGAGUUAAAAUUAUUGGGACACCCAGGAUGCCCAAAUAAAUACAACAUUUUUCAUGAAUGUACAGUUUUCUGCAAAGAAAAGUGGGGAGUAGGGCAUGCAGAACCAGAUACCAAAUACCAGAGGUUGAAGCAGAAAAUGCUGCAAAAAUACCCUCUUCCUAUAACUUGGAUGGAAGUGUAUGAUCCUGGAAGUGGGAGGCACUACUACUGGGAGUAUGAAAGUGAUUAUGUGUCAUGGUUACCACCUCUUCACCCUCGUGCAAUAAUCGCUGAACCUGCCUCAAUGUUGCGGCAGGCAGUUUUACCUUCCAAGGAUUCCACAACAAACACGGAUGGUGAAAAGGGUAGUGAUGCAGAAGAUGUAGAAGAAGUGAAUGUGGAGAGACCAGAGAGACACAAAGAAGAAAAGGAGCGAAAACGAGAUACCGAAAAACGUAGUAGAGAUGAUGAUCGCAGGGAUUGGCAUGAAGAUGAAAGAAGAAGAGAAGGAAUGGAGCGUUCAAAAUCAAAAUUACGCAAAAGGGAUAGUGAUGAUGAAGAAGGAAAACCAUCUAGAAGUAAGGAGGAUCGAGAAAGGAAACGCGAUGGAGGAGAUAGGAAAGGUGAGGAUCGACACAGAGAAGACAAAGAGAGGCCACGAGGCAAAGGCUGGAAAGGCAAUACUGAUGGUGCUUUGGAUCCUAUGGAUCCAGCAGCAUAUUCUGACACUCCAAGAGGAACAUGGUCUACAGGUCUUGAGAGAAAGAAUGAAGCGAAAACAGGAGCCGAUACAACCGCUGCGGGGCCUCUGUACCAAAUGCGUCCAUACCCUAGUCCUGGAGAUGUUUUGCGGGCUAAUUCUAAAACAUCUGAACCACGAGAAGGAUACAAAUCAACGAAAAGUAGACGUGCUCCAUAGACCAGCAAUAAUGAUGAUUAUUUUUAUUUGUGUUAUUAAUAUAACACUUUUAUGAGACAUGGAACUUAAGAGUAAAUCUGCUAAUAAACUAAUUGUAUAUUAUUGCAGAGUGUUUGUCCUAAUUAAAAAGAUUAGGUUAUAUGUUGAGAAAUAGGGAGGGGGGGGAAAUGUAAACUGAAAAAGACAUCAAUGGAAGUUAACUUUCAAGUGUUUCAACUUUGAAGUAAAUGCAAAAAUUGAGAAGUUCUUUGUAAAUGUGUUUGCAGAAUCAUAAAGAUAUUGAUGAUCAAGUGUGUUUUAUAUUUUGUGCAAAUAUGUCGAGACUUUCCAUACAGCAAGAUUAGGGUAAUGUGCAUGCACACAUUUUUUCAAGUAGUCAUAUUUCAUUGUAUCAGAUUCUAAAGAAUGUAUUACUGGCAACUGGUUAUAAAUAAAU